AUGCUCUCGACUGUAACUGGGGGUUCUGGAAUGUUCCCGUCAGCGAAGCGUGUAAUCAAUACACCGACCGCGUUCUGCACCCCUUGGGGACUGUUCGAAAUCAACGGUGUGCCCUUCGGCAUCAAAAACGGUCCGGGAGAGUAUCAAAGAGCAAUGAACCAAGUUUUUGGUGCGCUUCUAGGCCAGGGCGUCGAAUGCUACAUUGACGAUACAGUCAUUUAUGCCGACAGCCCACAGGAAUGCCUUGAACUCCUGAAUGAGGUGAUCCGAAUCUGCAUCGGUGAUGGCUUCUUCUUGAAGUUGGCCAAAUGUGAGUGGCUCUGCGAGGAAAUUCCCCUGCUUGGUCAAGAAGUGUGGCAUCAAGCACUAGCCUGGAAAGGUGGGGGCGUUGAGCAGAGUCGCCGCCAAAAAACUAGAAGCAGGUUGAAGUCGCUUUCAGGUUUACUCUUGUUCCACCGAAGGUUCGUGCCAGGGUACUCCGACAAGGUGCAGCCCCUGCAGGAGCUCAUGAACAGCCAAAAGACCCAAAGCUUCACGUGGCGUGACUCCCACGAAGUAGCAAUGCGACAGGUAAUCGAGGACCUCGUAAAUGCUGACUACCUGGUAGCUGCCGACCCGGAUGCGGAGCUUGUAUUAAAUACCGACGCCAAUCAGUACGCGGUAGGAGUGUUAUUGGGUCAGGUCAACGAUCACCCAAGAUCCACGUAA